AUGAAAAUUGCAGUUUUAAGAACAACAACAAUGGCAGCCGUGUGACUACAUCUACGCGCCCUAAGUCCUUUGUGGGAGGAUUUUCAAACCGUCCGACUCGACCGGGAAGACAUGCGACCGGACGUAGCUGCAAGAUAAUUCUUAAAACAACAUAUUUGACAUUUUUGACAUUCGGAACCGAGCAUCCAGUGCUCAGUACAACAGCCUGCUCCCGGACGAUGCACUGCGGUAGGGCCGAGCAGAACCGCCCGUAACGGUAUUUUGUGAUGAAAACACGGAAACGAGCGCUCCCUUGUGUUCUGUGACGCAGUUUAUAAACAAAGUGAAGGAUAACGUGCUUAAAUAAAAGUAGAAAUGUGGUUUUUAAUUUAAGUCCCGAGGGAAAAAACGAAUUACUGAAGCGUUUUAUAUCCAUAUAGAGGGCGUCGCCAUGUUGUUUAAAGCGUUUUUAUGAUAGUCUGGGAGAAAUCAUUUUUACCGUAAAUGUCAGACUCCGGAGAUGCUCCAAGAUUCCCCAGCUCCUCUGGACUCAGCAGCAGGGCCGGGCUGAGUUUCACCGCAGCCAGAGGACUUCCGGCCACCGUCAGGAGUUUGUCUUCUCCACCUCCACCUGUGAGAUUGACUUCCCUCAGAACCAGAGACCUAACAUUAGGAGGAGCCUUCAAAAAAACUAAGACCUUCGAGCCCAAUGUCCACGCUGUGAGAAAAAGCAAACCUGAGGUGACAGAAAACAUUAAUGUGACUUCAAAAAAGGAGAGGAAGAGGGACGAGAGGAGAGGAGCAAGAGAGAACAGAGGGAGGAGGAGAGAGAAACCCCAGACUAUCCAGUCUCACUCUAUCUUUGAACAGGGACCUGCUGAUAUAAUAUGCAAAACAGGUUUGCGUGGUGCAGCUGAGUUACGUGACUCCUCCACCUCCCCCGUGUAUAAAGUGGUAAAGAAAGAGAGGAAACGCUCAGAGGAGGAUGAAGACGAGAUCCUCAAUAAACUACAGAGAGACGAUUUCAUAGACGAUCCAAAUCUGAAGAACGAUGCCAAGCUGAAGCCCAUCCAGCUGCCUCUGUGUGACACCAGCAGAUUCAUAAAGAAGCAAACUCUGUCAACCACUUCAGGUCCAGACGACCACAGACGUGGAGGGAGCUACAGCAGGACAGCGCUGCUGCCCAAACCACAGCAGACGUCUCUGGCAGACUUGCUGCAUGAGCUCAGCACGUCAGACAGGCAGGAGCUCUUCUUCAUGCAGCUUCCUGACUGCGUCCCAGGUCAAUUGUCUGAGCAGAAGGAUGCCCUGCCGCUCAGGUCUCCGACAGAGAAGGCGGCCAAGAAGGAAGGCAAGGCCGAAGAUAGAAGACAUCUGCAAUCAUUGCAGCUCAGGAUGAAGUCAGGAUGCCCCGUGCUGUCACAGAUGCCAGAGGGAUUUUUGGGUAAACUGCAGAUAAGGAAGUCAGGAAAGGUGGAGCUGAAGAUGGGGGACAUUGUCAUGGAUGUGUCUGAAGGAGCUGCCUUCUCCUUUUUACAGGAACUGGUGUCUGUACGACACUCUGAAGGAAAAAGCGGAGACAUGAUGGUGCUGGGAAAUGUCCACCACAAACUGGUCCUGUCUCCUGACUUCCAGUCUUUACUGACACAGGCAGCAUCACAGCAGAAGAAAGAACCGUGACACAAACAGACAGCGUCUGCACAAGGACCUCAAAGGAUGUCUGCUUGUUCACAGGGUGACUGUGUUUUCUUAUUUCUGCUUGGGUGAAGUUUUUUAAGGCAGCUACUUCCUUACCUUUUUAAUAUCUGUCACACUUGUAUGUCCUGUGAGAGCACUGCCAGAAGUUUUCCUGUUGCUGGACGGGAAAAGAAAUUUCAGCCUUGGACAGAUAUUCUUACUGAUUCCCGUGACCUCCAUCAUGUUACAGUUACAUAAGCAACGAUCAGCUUUAAUACCUUUCACAACUGCUCCUCCAGAGGAGAGCGGACACACCAGCACAACAGCAACGAGAGACACCAACGUGAUGUAAUUGUCAACAUCGCAAUGUGUUCUCCGGAAGUCAACGAUCAUUAGUGAAAAGUCAAAAUGAUCCACCAUUAAUGAGAUAAAGCUGAUGGGAAAGAAGUCGGAGUGUGACUAAUAGGUGCAGCUGUAGUUUUCCUGGGCUUAAGCUCUUGUCAUUUGUAAUUAGCAGCCCUUCCUACUUUGUUUGUACAGCCUAUUAAAACUGCUUUCAGGCUGUUUGACACAUCUGCUUAUUACCACUGUGAGAAUGUAGGAGGAUUGUGACGAUCUGUUCGGCGGUUUCUUUGCAGAGCUGGGCUCUUUUUUAUUGUCUACCAAUCAUUUUAAUGUCCUCCAUACAGAUGUCUCAUUAUGUGUAAUCGGCCAUUUUUCUACACCUCUGUUUCAGCAGUUUUCUGACUACGUCUUUGACUUACAAUGCAUACAACCUUGUUAUUUUUCUGUGUUUUGUCAAAUGUUUUAGAAUAAAUCAACUCUUUGUCCUUUG